AUGAUAUCCAAUGAGGUUGCAGAUACCUUAAAUAGCCAUUUAAUGUCUAGCAUAGAGAAAUAUUUAUAUUUGAAGCAAAAAAUAUACCAAAAUAUCGAGUCAGAAGCUAAUCAAAUAAUAGAUAACUUACCACUAGAUAGCGACAAUGAAGAGUUGAGUGCAUUAAUGAUCCUAUUAAAGAUUGAGUUUAUCUUGGAAUUUAGAGAAAUAGGCAUCUAUGAGAUAGAAUCUCUUAAUAAAAUGAUACAGCUUUCAGGGGCUUUUCCAAAAGGACCCUUUAAUGUACAGAAUAAUCCAACAAGACAAUACAUACGAGUUAAAUAUAAUGAUUUAUACAAUGAUUUCCAAUAUCUAUUCAAUCCGACCAUUACAAUCUUCAGAUUUAUGGAGCUAGUCAAUAAAAAAUUAACUACGUUGAGUAACAUACCGGAUACAGAAGAUGACAAUGUUAUUGAUUUAGCAGUGGACUUAUACUUGAAAGUAGUUGAUUAUUGUUUAUUGGCAGGAAGUGAUUUCAGGAAGAAAAACAUAUUAAAAUUUCUAGAUGAAACAUUAAGUAUUUCACAAGUUACAAAGGUAGAUUCCACGAUUGCAAACAAAUUCAACAAGAAAGUUGAGGAGUCGGUAAGAGGCCUAUUCACUUUACUAAAUGAAGAAAAAUUUAUCCUGUUUAAACAAUAUGAAGCAUUUUUGGCUAAUUCAAAGGCACCAAUCGUGAAGAGAAUCGCAAAAACGAAUUCAUCAUUAUUGAUAUCGAAUUUCCUUGAAAAUAAUAUUUCAUUACUUCCUAAGUACUAUAUGAAUAUUCAUUUGGAUAAAAUAACACAAUUGUUUAUAAUACCGACAAAUUUGGAUAUUGAAGCUCUUGUUUCGCAAAUGAUAAUCAGUGGAAAAUUACCACCAGGUACUUGCAUAGAUCAGAUGGAACAGACUUUAAUAUUUGGUGAAUUUCAACCUGACUACAGUAUAUUUGACUCCCAUGUGCAAGAGGUUUCUGAAAUGGUCGACCAAAUAGCAAAUUUAAUUCAUAAUACUAAUCUAUAG